GAUAGAGAGAGAUAUAUAAUUAUGGACGCAUUCAACCCAUUGAUUCCACAGAUUGUAACACAGGUAGACCAUGUCUAUGGCGAUGUAGAGACAAACACCGCUAGAUAUGCUGCCCUCCAAGCUCGCUUCCAAGAGCUCUACAAUGAGAAGCCUGUAUUCUACUUCCGUGCACCAGGUCGUGUCAACCUCAUCGGUGAGCACGUUGAUUACAGUGGAUACCCUGUAUUGCCAUUUGCUUUGCAACAGGAUACUAUUGUAGCUGUAUCAUUCAAUCAACAGUCAUCGACUCAAUUAAAUGUACAUAAUGUGAACGGCGAGCAGUUCACUCCACUCACUGUGGACAUUAGCCAAUCGAUUGAGAUCGAUUUGAACAAGCAUCAUUGGACCAACUACGUGCUGGCUGGUUGGAAGGGCGUGCAGAACGCCUCACCCUCCACCACACUCAAGUCACUCAACCUCCUGUACAGUGGCAACGUGCCAAUUGGCUCGGGUGUGUCCAGCUCGUCGGCGCUGGUCUGCGUGUCCACACUGGCUUUUUCAUACAUACACAACAUCACAUACACCAAGGAGGACCUGGCCAACAUCUCGGUCAAGUGCGAGCGCUUCGUCGGAAUUGAGGGUGGUGGCAUGGACCAGGCCAUCUCAUACCUGGCCGAGGAGAACACUGCCAAGCUCAUCGAGUUCAACCCACUGCGCACCAAGAACGUCCAGCUGCCAAAGGGCGUGUCGUUCGUCAUCAGCAACAGUCUGGUCGAGUCCAACAAGGUGGUCACUGGCGCCUUCUACUACAACCUGCGUGUGGUCGAGUGUCGUCUGGCCGCCGUUGUCCUCACCAAGAAGCUGGGCUUUGACUGGUCAGCAGUGCGCCGUCUGAUCGACGUCCAGAAGCUGUCCAACCUCACCCUCGACCAGCUGGUUGCCGCCACCAACGAGCACCUGCACGUCGCCCCAUACACUCGCGAGGAGGUCGCCACAGAGCUUGGCCUCACCGUCGAGCAGUUGGUCGCCAACUACUUCCCAUCGGGCAUCCAGGUUUCUGCCGAGAAGUUUGAGCUCAACCGUCGUGCCGUCCACGUCUUCUCAGAGACAUCACGUGUCUACAGAUUCGCUGAGCGCUGUGCCGCCGAGUCAACUGACCACACCGCCACCGCCAUCGACCUUGGCCGUCUCAUGGAUGCCAGUCACGAGAGCUGCGCCACUCAGUUCGAGUGCAGCUGUCCCGAGCUGGACACCCUUACAGCCGUGUGCCGUAAGGCUGGCGCAUAUGGUUCGCGUCUGACCGGUGCCGGUUGGGGCGGUUGUGUCAUCUCGUUGGUGCCAACCGAGUUGGCUGCCAAGUUCACCGAGCAGCUCCAGACCGAGUACUACUCGACCAUCAAGUCAUUGCCAAAGGAGCAAGGCGCCUACCUGUUCAGCACCACCCCAUCCAGCGGUGCAUGUGUUGUUGCUCUCCAA